GUGUACAAAUCAUUUUCCAGAAUUCUAGCUUUUCUCACACAUUUGAAUUUGGCCCAAUGAAUGAAGUUUGGGGUCAGCACUAAUCGAGAAGAAGAUUUUCUGAUGGAUAGGGCUAUCCAAGAAAGAACAUUUGUGGCCAGCAUUAGGCCAGGAAUCUAUUCUUUCCACACUUCACUAAUCACUUCCUCUUUUCACCAAAACUAUCUUAGGCCAGUUAAGAAUGUCUUCUUUUACUGCUCUUCAUAGCCUACAUGGUUCUCUUCUUCGAUCCCAGUUCCUAGGCCAAGACAGCCUCACUCAUCUCAACCCUCGCAGCAAGAUUCACAUCAAACCAUCCCACAAAUUUGUACAACCAUGUGCCAAAUUCAACUUGGUGCAAAUCAUGGGAGGCAGAGGACUCUGCAACGGAGAAGAAGGCCUCGAACAAGAGUUGAAGAGGCAAGUUGGUGCUGAUGAGAAGCCACUUCCACCAGCAGCAAGUGACAAAGAGCAAGAAGACUCAGGUGGCUCAACAACACAGGUUGCAGAAGAUGGUUUUGAGAAGGAACUGAUGGGGUUAACUGGGGGGUUUCCAGGGGGUGAGAAAGGAUUGAGAAAAUUCAUUGAGGAAAAUCCACCACCUAAACCAGGAGCAGGAAGCAAAAGCUUGAACCUUACAUCCUCAGUGAAGCCAAAAGCACCAGAACUUCCUAUGUUGCUUCCAGGAAUGAUUGCCAUUGUGAAGAACCCAAACAACCCUUUUUACAUGUACUGUGGUAUAGUGCAAAGAAUCACUGAUGGCAAAGCAGGUGUUCUCUUUGAAGGUGGGAACUGGGAUAAGUUGAUCACGUUCAGGUUGGAUGAACUGGAGCGCAGAGAAAAAGGGCCUCCCAUGAAGAAUCCUAAGUCCUGUGUGCUUGAGCCAUUGCUUGAGAAGAAGUCAUAGUUCAGCAGCUCCUUUUACAAUUUGUAAAGCAUGUUCAUUUUUCUUACCACCUUCACUUUUGCAAUGGCUGCUUUGAUGUUUUGUUUUGGCUCAGUAAUAUUAUGAGGGGAUAACCAGAAAGGUAAACAAAGGUUGAAUUGGUAAGAAAAGAAGUGCUUCUUUGUGCUGAACCUGUAAAUUUGUGUAGAGUUAUUUUAAAAAAUAAAUAGAUGAUGUAUAAUUUAGUGUUAUAUUCAUGAGUAUUUGUCCUUUUCCAGAA